AUGGACGCGCGUGCAUCAGAUACAGCUACGGACAAGCUGAGACCAGGUGGAGUUGCAAUUCUUGUCAUAUGUAUCAUUUUCCUCAUCCCGGCCGCUUUGGCAGUGAUUCUCCGCUUGUGGGCAAGGAGGAUCAAACGAGUACACCUGAUUUUGAACGAUUACCUCAUUAUAGCCGCUUUGUUCUUUGCAAUCACAGAAACCGUGACUUUGCUCUUAGCUGUGACAAAAGGCAAAGUAGGAUACCAUAUGACGGAAUUGACGGCGAGCGAGGUAGUUUCUCUUGCCAAGUCAUAUUUAGCCGCGGAACCCUCGUGGGUCUCCGCCAACACUUGCGUCAAGUUAUCGAUCUUGCACCUUUACAAACAAAUAUUCCCCAUCAGGAAAUUCCGGAUAGUGGUGUAUGCGGUGAUGCUCUUAGUGGUGGCUUAUUGGACAAGCACGAUUGUCCGAAUGUUCUUCUUGUGCUCCCCACUUGCCUUUUACUGGGACAAAAGCAUCCAAGGCGGCACCUGCUUGAAUACUUCCGCGACGUCCCUGAGCGUGUCCGUCAUCAAUCUCAUUCUCGAUCUCAUCGUGAUUGCACUCCCAAUGCCCAUGCUGUGGGGACUCCAGAUGGCAACAUCGAGGAAAAUGGGCCUCACAGCCAUCUUCGGUAUCGGCGGGGUGAUAUGUAUCAUCACAAUCCUACGCAUCGUCUCCGUCGUCAACCUAGAUCUGAACGACCUUUCCUACAGCGGAAUCGACGACGCCAUCUGGAGCGAGCUCGAACCCUGCCUCGGCAUCAUCAACGCAUGCCUCCCCGUUCUUCCACCCGUCAUGUCACACAUCUUCCACCCGGCCGUCUGCAGAUGGAAGACCUGGACCGGGAGCAGCAACACGGCUCAGGGCACGCGCACGGGCCCGCCGUUCGCACGACAAGGCCUGCGUGCGAAUGAUUCGGAAGCCAAGAAUUUCCGCCGGUUGGAAGAGGAUGUCUACCCGCUAACGAGUGUGUCCUUCGGUGGUGGGCAGAACCAUGCCGAUGCCGUUGCGCAUGGACGAUCGGACUUGGCGUCGGGGUACCCAGACGCACGGAGCGGUAGGGCGACUCAUGGAAGUGACGACAUCAUGGUGAUGAAAGGAUGGCAGGUCCAGUCAAGUUCGGCGGACAAGGUUGGACACUCUGUCUAG